CUCCACAGCAGGCUGUCGUGGAGGCAUGAAGAUUGUUCGCUGAUCAUGAUCGUACAAGAAUCAUCCCAGCUGGAAGAUGGAUCCUCAUCGAAUUGUCUGGGCCGUGAUGGUGUGUCUUCUCGGAGCAACGCGUCUCUCCAGCGGUGGUAAGACCAACUGCACAUGUCUAAAGAUUCCCCCAAAAAACUUUACUGUACAAAAAGACGGAUGCUUCGAGGUCAAGUAUCGCUACGAGUGUAUUCCAGGCUAUACGAGAAAAUCCGGAACGUCAGGCCUCAUCAGGUGUCAGGAGAAGAAUGGUGUUUCACAGUGGGGCGAAUCUAAAUUCGAGUGUAUAAUUAACCCAAUCUAUUGGACAACCACCACCAGGGUCCCAUCAGAACCUUCCUCCACCCUCCAGAGUGUCAGAACCUCCACCUAUGAGUCUUCAGCAUCUCCCAACACAGAGCAAAGCACUCUGGGACCUUCCUCCACCCUGCAGAGUGUCAGUACCUCCACCUCUGGGCCUUCAAAAUCUACCAACACGGAACAAAGCGCUCUGGGAGGAGGAGGCACAGCAGUUUGCAUCAGUUUCAGUUUAAUUGGACUGAUUCUAUUCCUCGCCGUGGGCAGUGUCAUCUUCUUAUAUCGACAGAGGAAGAACUCGAUUCCCCCAAGAGAUCUACAGGAACUGGAAAUUAUGAAAUGCUGACUGUGAUCUAGAACGUUUGUCAGAGGAAGUGCAGGGUGGAAGGAAGUGAUGAUGAGUAACUUGUACUUAAUAUAAAUGUACCCACUGUCAUGCCAUCAUCUGGUAUAAGAAAUGUGGUUUUGAAGACUAGUUUGGAAUUUGCCAUCUUGUUUUGUUGUUUGCUUUCUUAUGACUAACUUGGACAAAAUGAAUUUUCUGGAUCAGUUUCAUGUAUUUUUCAUGCAGUAUUACAAUGCAUGACAAUUAUGUUUUCAUUGAUUAAUCUGCAGUUACAGUGUGCAUGAAAUUAGAUUUCAGUACAAACACAGGCAGCUUCCCCUUCAGCAUUAUGCUGCCAUCGCCUUUUUUUUUAACCAUUAGCAAAUAGAAAAACAUUCACCAGAGUCUGAUGACAGACUCUAAUAUGGAAAAAUACAGAAGACGACAACAGCCUUUUUGUAAAACGACAAUUUUUUUUUGCGUUGACAUUUUGCCUGACUUGUGCAUUUUACUGUGGAUGGAUGGAUGAAUGGAAUUUAAAAAAAAUGUUUUAAAUUAUUUAACCAUUAAAAAGUAAGCACUUUUUUCAUGAAUGUAACUUUGCCUUAAAGAUUUUAAGUGUGUAUUCUGUAUGGGAAGUUGAGAAUUCUUGUGCGCCCCCUGCUGGUUUGGAGCAGCCGUUCUGUUUAUUUAUGUCUUGUCUGUGCCCAAAAAACGGUGCUACGUCACUUU